AUGAAUAAAGAGUCAAGUACGUCAAAACGUUCGCCAUUAAAUAUACAAUCUUCACAACUAUCGUCUCAACCGGAAAUAACUAUCGAUGGCCACACACUACGAUGGCCAAAAUUUCAAAUUCACAAUACCACUUUUGAAGGUCAAUCGUAUUCAGUUGGUGAUACGUGUAACGUUGACUCUGGCUUAUUUGUUCUUUAUUUUUUGUACCGAACCGAUCCGGAUAUCGCAGACGAUAUCCUCAAUGCGCGAGAGACAUCACCUUACGCGAUACUUCGGAAGAUGUUUGACUUAGUUGAUACAGAAGGAUGGGAUGCUGCACGUAUUUUCUGUCAUCCUCCGUUGAUUAUCGUUGAUAUUGUGACCCCUGAGGAAGAAGACAAAUAUGGUAGAUAUAAAGCAAAUGAUGUUCGAAUACGUGACGUGAAACGUGUUCUCCGUGUUGGCAGCGUGAACUUUAUUGCGCAUUUAAAAACAAAAGAACUCAUGGAUACUGUUAAAGACGCUGUUAAUACACUUCUUGGUCGAAAACCUACUGGACCUAAAGUUCGAUAUGGUAUUGUAGCCGCUGGAUGGAUUACCCAAGCCGCAUUUAUACCAGGUGUUGGGCAAACAUCUAAUUCCAUAAUAACUGUAUUAGUUAGUGAUGAUGCAGAAAAACGUGAUAAGUUAGGCAAAGAAUAUAAUUUAAAACCAUAUACAUAUGAUCAAUUUUCACAAGCACUUGAAGAUGGACAUUGUGAUGCAUUUUAUAUUGCUACACCAAAUAAUCAACAUCGAAAAUUUGCUGUUCCAGCUCUUGAAAAAGGUUAUCAUGUAUUACUUGAGAAACCAAUGGAAGUUACAGAAGAAGAUUGUGAAGCUAUUUUAGCUGCUCAAAAGAAAAGUGGUGCAAAAUUAAUGAUUGCAUAUCGUCUUCAUCAUGAACCAGGAACACUUGAUGUUAUUGAUCGUGUUCGAAAAGGAGAUUUUGGUGAUCCUCGAAUUUUUUCAUCAAUUUUCACUCAAGAUAUGAAACCUGAAAAUCAUCGUGCUAAACAUGGUUUUGACACUGGUCCAAUUCCAGAUCUGGGUCCGUAUCCAAUAAAUGCUGUUCGAAAUAUAUUUGGUUUAGAACCAAAUGAAGUAACUGCUAUUGGAUUUAAGACUCCAGGACGUGAAUUUUUACAAAUGGAACAUGAUACAAUUAGUGUUACACUUCGAUUUCCUGGUGAUAGAAUGGCUCAAUUUGUUGUUGGUUAUGCUUCUAGACCCAGUGAAGGCUAUAAAAUUGUAGGCACUGGAGGUGAAAUUGAAGUAAAUCCUUCGUAUGGAUUCGGUAGUGGUGUAAAAAUUGCUUAUAAAACGAAAAUCAGUGGUAAAGAAGAUUCAAAAACGUUUCCUGAAACAGAUCAUUUUGGUGGUGAAACGGAAUAUUUUUCUGAAUGUAUUCUAAACAAUGUUGAUCCAGAAACUGAUGGUGAAGAUGGUUUAUUAGAUGUGCGAGUAAUUGUUGCUAUCAAGGAAUCACUGAAAGCAAAUGGAAAAACAAUUAAACUUGAACCACAUGAACGGAAGAAACGACCAACAUUAGAUCAAGCAAAAACGUUAUCAUUAGGGAAAGCACCAAAAGCUCUUAUUGGUCGCGAUUCACAAAAACCUACAAUUGCUUAA